AUGGAUAAUAAUAAUAGUAAUAAUAAAAAUAAUGAAGAAAGUAAUAAUAUUGUAAUACCAAUUUUAAGUGAAAAAGAAAAAAAACAUUUAUAUGAAUUUGAAAUAAUAAGAAUAUUAAAAAAAGAUGAAUUUUCAACAACAUGUAAAGCAAAGAAAUUAAGUGGUCAAUUUAAUGAGAAACGAGUUAAUUUUUGUAUUAUAAAAAUUAUUAAAAAGAGAGUAAAGAAAUUUGAUUCUAAAAAAAAUGAAAUUAUAAUUGAAAUCGAUCCAAGAAAAGAAAGAGAGAUAUUAGAAAAGAUUAAACAUAUUUGUGUUUUAGAAUAUUAUGGGUAUAGUGAAGAUGAAGAUAAUGGGUACAUAUAUACAGAAUAUAUUCAAGGUGGUAUUGAUAUAGUUGAAACUGUGACUAAUAAACUAUUAAAAGAACAUUCUCAUUCUUUUCAAUCUGAAGAUAUAAUUAGAAGAUGUGCUUUUCAAUUGGUUUUAUUAUUAAAUCAUUUACAUAACAAUUUACAUAUUAUUCAUGGUAAUAUAAAUACUGAUAAUGUUUUAAUAGCUGAUCAAGAAUUUAGUUUAAAAUUAUUUGAUUUUAGUUUAUCAAAAGAUAUAAGUUAUUAUUCAAAAGAUAAUAAUAAUAAUAAUAAUAAUAAUAAUAAUAAUAAUAAUAAUAAUAAUAAUAAUAAUAAUAAUAAUAAUAAUAAUAAUAAUAAUAAUAAUGCUAAUAAUAGUAAUAAUAAUACAUUAAAUAAUUUAAGUAUUGUUAAUAAUAAUAGUAGUAGUAGUAGUAAUGAUAAUAGUAGUGAAGCAGAAGGUGGUGGUGGUGGUGGUGAAGCAUCAAUUACAUCAACGAUUUCAACUAUAUUAUCAGGAUCAUCAAGUUCACAAUUAUCAACACCAUCAACAUCAUUAGAAUCUUCAUUUUCAUUAGAAAUCAAUUUAAAUGAUUCAUCAUGUUAUUUAAUUGCACCAGAGAUUAGAAAUCAACAAAAGAUAACAAGUAAAGGUUUAUCAAAAAAAUCAGAUAUUUGGGGAUUAGGUUGUUUAUUAUUAUUAAUGGUUGGUGGUGAUCCAAAGAUUACAACAAAUUUUGAACCAACAAUACCAUAUCAUUUAUCAAACAAUUGUAAAAAUUUCAUUCAAAAAUGUUUAAUUCAAGAUCCAUAUCAUCGUUGGGAUACAAAUUUAUUAUUAACUCAUAAAUUUAUUGAAAAAACUUCAUUUGAAAAUUCAUGUAAUAAUCAAAAUAAUAGUUCAACAACAACAACAACAACAAUUAAUACAUAUUCAAUUGAAAAUGAAGAAAAUAUAUUAUUAAUUAAUGGAUCAAAUGGUAUGAAUGAAUUUGAAGAGAUACCAAAUUAUAUAACUACAUUGAAAUUUCAAGAAUCAUUUAAUAUGGAGAUUGUAAAUGAAAUGUUUACAGAUUCAAUUGUACAUUUAGAAUUCCCUCAAGGUUUUAAUAAAUUGGAUUUUAAUGAAUUACCAGAUUUUUUAUCAACAUUGAUUUAUCAUGGUGAAUUCAAUAUUGAGAGUAAUUAUCAUUCGAAAUCUUUAAAACCAAGAGAUAUACCAAAGAGUAUCAUUCAUUUACAAUUACCAAAUUAUAAUUUAAAAAUUCGUAGAAAUUCAAUACCUGAUCAAACAAAAUUCUUAAUAUUAGGUUCUGAUUUAGGUGAGAAUGAAAUUCAAUCAUUAAUUAAUUUACCACCAAGUAUUAUAGAUUUAGAAUUUGGUUGUGAUUUAGAAUUAAUUUUAAAUUUUUUAACACAAGAAAUGAUACCAUCAAAUAUUACAAGUUUAAAAAUUAAUUCUCAACAAAUAUUUUUACCAUUUAAAAGAUCAAAUCCAUUUGGUUUAACUAAUAAUAUUGGUAAUAAUAAUAGUAAUAAUGGUGAACAAUUUAAUAUACCAAUUGAUGAAUUACCAUUAUCAAAAGAUAUUAACGAUUUAAUGAUAUUAGAAACUGUUGAAAUUAAUAAUUUAAAUCAAUUAAAUUCAAAUAAAUUAUUAACACUUACAAAUAGAGUUGGUAAGUUAAUAUUUUCAAAAGAAUUUGAUGAACCAUUAACAAUUGGUUGUAUUAAAUCAAGAUCAAUUACAUCUUUGAAAUUUAAUAAAGGUUCAAGAUUUAAUCAACUAUUGGUAGUUGGUUGUUUACCUGUAAAUUUAACAAGUUUAGAAUUUGGUGAUCGAUUUAAUCAAGCACUAUCGGUUGGUUGUAUUCCACCAAAAGUUACUCAUUUAAAGUUUGGUAGAUGUUUUAAUCAACCUUUAAAACUUGGUGUAAUUCCUGAUUCUUGUACUUUUAUUCAAUUUGGUUCACAAUUUAAUCAAUCAUUAGAACCAAUGGUUAUACCAUCAUCAGUUAAAGAAUUAAUAUUUGGUUCACAAUAUAAUCAACCUACAAUUCAAGGCACAUUUCCUGAUAGAAUUAAGAAGUUGGUAUUCUCUGAUGACCAUGAUCAGUUUCAUUCACAAGAUACAUUACCAAAAUCUUUAGUACAUUUAGAAUUUGGUGAAAGUCAAAAUUUCAAUCAAAUUUUAUUCAAUCAAUCUUCUUCAAAUUUAAUUCCAUCAUUAACACCACCACCACCAAUCUAUCAAAAAUUAACAACAUUUAUUUUCAAUGGUUAUUUCACAGUACCUUUAAAAGUUUUCGAUUUACCAUUAUCGAUAACUCAUUUAGAGUUACCACAAUAUAAUGAUAUCCUUGAAAAGGAUUGUAUACCUUCAUUUGUUAAAACUUUAGUACUUGGUUCAUCAUUUACAAUUAUUGAAUCAUUUAUAAAUUUACCAAAAUCAAUAACUUCAUUAUCAUUUGGUUGUGAUGAAAAUGUAAUUGGUUUAAUCAAUCAAUCAUUAAUACCACCAAAUUGUAAUACUUUAAAAAUUAAUGGUCAAUCAAUAAGUUUACCAAUAACUCAAACUUUACAAAUUUUUAAAAAUCCAAUUUUACCAACUGAAUCUUCUCUAAUAUUAUCUCAACAACAACAACAACAACAACAACAACAACAAAUGGAUCUAUCAGUUGAAUAUGAAAAUCAAAAUUUUUUAACUACAAAUACUCUAAAUCAAGGUUCAUGGAUAAUUUCAAUUAAUAAUUUUUCAAAUCGUAAAGACCAAUUUUAUUCUCCAAUUUUCUCUUUAAUUGGUUCAAAUUGGCGUUGUAAAUUUUAUAGUAAUGGUAAAGAUGCUUCUACAAGUGGUAAACUUUCAAUUUUCAUUAGUAAUUGUGAUUUAUUAAAUAAUCCUUUCACUAUUUUUUUAGAAAAAUCAAUAUCUUAUAAAUUAACUUUAAUUAAUCAAAAAAAUCCAAAUGAAUCAAUUCAAAAAAGUUCAUCUCAUACAUUUAGUAUUAAAGAAUUUAAUCAUGGAUAUGGUUCAUUUAUUGGAUUAUUUUCAUUAUUAAAUCCAAAUAAUGGAUUUUUAGUAAAUAAUACAAUAAAAGUUAGAAUCGAUGCAGCCCCAACUUCACCAUUAGUUAAUACUUAUGACAAAUAUAAUAUUGGAUUGAAUCAAGCCUUUAGUUAUAGUGUACCAAUGAUGUCAAAAAAGAGUGAACCAUUUAUAUCACCAAUUUUUAUGAGUUGUGGAAGAAAAUGGAUUAUUAAAAUCUAUCCAAUGGGUCAACCUUCUUCAAAUUAUAUGUCGGUGUUUUUAGAGUAUAGAGAUGAAGGUGAAGAAAAUGUCCAUUUCUCUCUAGAGUUAAUUAGUCAAUUAUAUCCAGAACAAUCCAUAAAAUACUGGGUACAAUAUAGAUUCAACUCUAAAAGUAAUUCAUUUGGUUAUCCAAAAUUCAUUGGUGUUUCAACUCUUAUGGAUCCUGAUAUGGGCUUCCUUGUUAAUGAUACCAUUAUUUUAAAUGUUUCAAUUUUACAACUUAAACCAAUAAAAAAAAGUUUUGGAUUUUUAUAA